ACAGAAGCACUGUCCGUUGAAUCCAACAGAAAUCGAUUGUCGCCACUGUGAAAGGAGAGAGAAAGCGUGAAGAAGAGGAUUUAUCUGCCUCAACAAACAAUCAUCGUCGUCGUCGUCAUCAUGUCGUGUUGUUUUUCUUGCUGCGCGUCUCUGGCCUGUGGUCUCUGUACCUCUACUGCAUCUUGCAUCUCCCAAAAAUCCGCUAGAAUCGGUUACUGCGGUCUCUUCGGUGCAUCUCUCGUCGCUUCGUGGAUCCUCAGAGAAGUUGGAGCACCCCUUUUGGAGAAGUUCCCAUGGAUAGGUGCAUCCGAUACCCACACAGACGAAUGGUAUCAAGUACAAGCAGUUCUUCGAGUGAGCUUGGGAAAUUUCUUGUUCUUUGGUUUCCUAGCCCUUAUUAUGAUUGGUGUGAAAGACCAGAAUGACAAGCGUGAUUCAUGGCACCAUGGUGGUUGGACUGCAAAAAUAGCGAUCUGGCUUUUGCUUCUGGUCCUUUCAUUCUUCCUUCCCGAUGUCAUAAUAUUAGUAUAUGGAUUCAUAGCAAAAUUUGGGGCUGGCUUGUUUUUAUUGAUUCAAGUGAUAAUCUUACUUGAUUUUACUCACUCUUGGAAUGAUGCAUGGGUUGAGAAAGAUGAACAGAAAUGGUAUAUUGCUUUACUUGCAGUAUCAGUCGGAUGCUACAUUGCAGCAUUUACAGUGUCAGGUCUCCUUUUCAUUUGGUUCAACCCUGCUGGAUAUGAUUGUAGCAUCAACAUCUUCUUCCUUGUCAUGACCAUGAUUCUUGCUUUUGUGUUUGCCAUUAUCGCCUUGCAUCCUAAGGUGAAUGGAAGCUUGUUGCCUGCAUCUGUGAUUUCCCUUUACUGUGCUUAUGUGUGCUACACGGGUCUUUCUAGCGAACCUCGUGACUAUGAAUGCAAUGGUCUCAACAAGUCCAGAGCUGUGAGCACAGGUACCCUCGUUCUUGGCAUGCUAACAACAGUGCUAUCAGUGCUGUAUUCUGCCCUUCGUGCUGGAUCUUCCAAGACAUUCUUAUCACCACCAUCAUCACCUAAAUUUGGAGAAAGCAAACCACUUAUUGAAGAAGUAGAAGAAGGAAAGACAACGAAGGAGGAAAAGGAAGCACGACCCGUUAGCUAUUCGUAUUCAUUCUUCCACCUAAUAUUUGCCCUGGCUAGCAUGUAUUCAGCCAUGCUUCUUUCUGGAUGGACCAGCACAUCAGAGAGAUCAGAUCUCAUAGAUGUUGGUUGGACCUCAGUAUGGGUUCGAAUCGGCACCGAGUGGGUCACUGCUGCAUUGUAUAUCUGGACUCUCUCGGCUCCUUUGCUCUUCCCUGAUCGUGAAUUUGCAUAGUUAUCUCAUUGUAAACUACUACUACUACUACGAUGUUGUUUCGGUUUUAUUGUCUCUUCAUCUUGGGAAUGUUGUGUGUUGCUUUCAAUACAUGAUAUAUGUAUAGAUUCACCCCUUCAUCAGAUAUGUAAUGUAAUACAGUUUAUUGCAUUUUUCAAA